UAUCUUAUUCUUCUUCUCUCUCGUCUUCAUCAUCAAAUGCUUCUUCCACUGCAAAUCCACCAUCCCUGGCCCUACACCCUUACCCAUCAUUGGCAGCAUGCAUCUCAUGUCCGGCCUCGCUCACCGGAAAAUCGCCGCAGCCGCACAAUCUUGCCGGGCUAACCGUCUGAUGGCGUUUAGCUUGGGUGAAACGCGUGUGAUUGUCACCUGCAGCCCCGACGUGGCUAAGGAUAUUCUUAACAGCUCCGCCUUUGCCGACCGUCCUGUGAAGGAGUCAGCAUACCGCUUGAUGUUCAACCGAGCCAUCGGGUUUGCGCCUUAUGGGGUUUACUGGCGGACGUUAAGAAGAAUCGCCGCCACGCAUCUCUUCUGUCCCAAGCAAAUCAAGACUUCCAUAUGUGUUCGUGAUGUGCUGAAGCGAGCCUCUCUCAGCAACAUGAUGUGGUCUGUGUUUGGAAGGAGGUACCGGCUGGAUUCUAACGACUUGGAGUCGGUGGAGCUGAGGAAACUGGUGGAUGAAGGGUAUGAGCUUUUGGGUAUACUCAACUGGACGGACCACCUUCCAUGGCUGGCUGAUUUCGACCCACAAGGGAUUCGAUCCAGGUGUUCCAAACUGGUUCCAAAAGUAAACCAGUUUGUGAAAAAGAUAAUCGAUCAACACCGAGCUCAUCCAUCACCCCAACUCAACGCUGACUUCACUGACGUCUUGCUAUCGCUUGAAGGUUCCGACAAGCUAUUAGAAGCGGACAUGAUCGCGGUUCUUUGGGAAAUGAUAUUCAGAGGAACAGACACGGUAGCAGUGCUGAUUGAAUGGAUCUUAGCAAGGUUGGUGCUUCAUGUGGAUGUGCAAUCAAAGGUACACGAGGAGCUCGACAGGGUGGUGGGAAGGUCUAGUCAAGUGAUGGAAUCUGACAUCAACAACUUGGAAUAUCUAGGUGCGGUGGUGAAAGAAGUUCUUAGGCUACACCCACCUGGCCCGCUGCUCUCGUGGGCUCGUCUAGCCAUCACAGACACCACCAUCGACGGCCAUGAUGUAGGCGCAGGGACGAUGGCAAUGGUGAACAUGUGGGCCAUCUCGCGGGACCCAGAAAUCUGGAAGGACCCUCUGGAGUUUCAACCAGAAAGAUUCCUGGAUGGAUCAUUAAAAGAUAUGUCGGUGAUGGGAUCCGACUUGAGGUUGGCUCCGUUCGGGUCAGGCAGGCGAAGUUGCCCAGGGAAGAAUCUUGGGAUGACGACAGUGAGCUUUUGGGUGGCAUCUCUGUUGCAAGAGUUUGAGUUUGGAACUUGUGAGGGGGUUGACUUAUCGGAGGAAUUGAAACUAUCUUGUGAAAUGGCGAACCCACUAAAAGUGACUUUGCGACCAAGGCGUAGACCUCAUUGUGUUUGCGAGGCAUGAAAAUUACACCAUCCAGCAUAUAAAUAAAUUUGUAAAGAAGAAGAAUUGUUAGUGUGGGUUUCUAAUUUUUUUUUUUUUUUGUUA